CAGUCUUUCACGAAAGCGAUUCAAUCAACCGACUGCGGCUCCACCCAGAGAGCGUCUAUACUUACUUUUCUUACAGUUUUUGAGUGACGCACUACAAAACGAUGGAAAAAAAAAAAAAAAAAAAGAGGAGCCCUCUCAUGCAGGGCGUCUUCCGCCCUGUAAACUUGGCAAAAGGCAAACUGGACUGAAAUACAGCACUCUCCAUAUAAGGAAGCCCAGCUAAACAUGUCAUGCGUAAUUUAUGGGUAGCAGGCAGAGAAUUAACCUUUGCGUGCACAUAUUUGGCCCAGAUGAAAACCGGGCUGGAUGGCAGCCCCGGGGACAGGGAUGCGGGCUCUCUCGGGAGGAACCGUGGCUCGCGUCUGACGGACUCGCGUCUCCCCCCCACCCCCCGACGAAGGUCAUUAAGUUACUGCCAGACUGGACGCCGGCUGCGCUCUGACAGGGUCCGCAGCGCCCGGGGAAGGGCUGCCCGGGGCCGGGCUGCAGCAGCAGCCUCCCGCGCUCCCCCGAGCCCGACACGGCGCGCGAUCGGAAGCCGCCCGCCGCGGCGAGCCAGCCCCGGCGGCCCCGAGACGCAGCCGGCCGGAGCCCCCGCGCACUUCCUCCCGCAGCCAUGGACGGCCCCGAAAGAGUACGAACAAUGCAGAGCCGCGGAGCCGCGCGAGGCAACUGUGAAAAUGGAAACUUACCUCUCACAUUUUUUUCAGAGGCAGCCCGACUGCCGACCGAGUACCCAAGGCAUUGUGGGAGUCAUGAUUCCAAGAGGCCCGCGAUUUAAAAUUGAACUUGUCAGUUCCCGGUCACGGGAGCAUGGUGAGCGCCACAACUCAUUCAGCUGCAGUGAAAAGACUGUUGCAUGUCGCUGUGCAGCCUCUUAUCGCCGAGGUCUGGUUUCCGCCGCUGCUGCGCGGCCCCUCCCCCGCCCGCCCAGCCCCACCAGGAAGCCCGGGGCGGACUCGUCGAGCUCCCGGACGCACGCGGCGGCGAAAAAAACGCUCGGCAACUUUCCGCCGCCCUCCCGCCCUCGCCCGGGCGGCCCUGGCGCCCCUCAGGCGAACCCAGUCCGCAGAGGGUGGUCGUCGCCGCUCGCGGGUCGGCGCCGAGGGCACAAGGAGACCGGAGCCGGCGCGGGCGAGGUGCAUCCCCGCAGCCGACCGGUGGUAUCUUCCAUCUUACACGUUCAACAUUAUAACAGCCGAGCUACAUAGUGCAAAUGGGACGCACCCCUACUACUUUCCGCUCCUUGCAACCAGCCGGGCCGGCACAGAGGUUCGUUGUUUUUUUUUUUUUUUUUUUAAAGAGGCCAGCGGAUGGGGCUUUUUGUAAGAAAGCCGGCAAGGUUAGGUUGAAGGUGAGAAAUCAGCUCGGCAGAAAACGGUAAGGACCUCAUGGGGCUGCCGCCUUAAAAUGCACCACACGGUUUUUGAACCUGGAUGGCUCACAGGCGGGAAAAAGAUCUGCAAGACUGCCAGGCUGUCUCUUCCUCAAGGAGCAGGGUGUCCACAGUUUUGCAGUUCCUCAGUAAAACUGUCACGCAAGCACAAAAACUCCCACUGCAGCUUCCACUCGAGCUGGUAAAUAAUGUUUGGAACGUAAAAUCCCCUUUCUUCCCAACUCUGCAUUACACGAUUUAUAGGAAGCAGAGACCCUUCUCUGGAAAUAAAAUAUCAUUUUCUGAAAUACUGGAAUAUUCCAAGGCAAGUAAGUCAUAUUAUUGUUGGAGCAAAACAAACCACGGCCCCAAAUCAUAAUUCAUUGGGUGUUAUAAGAUGCAACGCGGCUCCACUUUGAAUGGAAAGAAUUCUGGAUUAACAUGAUAAUGUUUUGGAGGGUUGGGGGCAGAAUUUUCUUUGAAUUUAAGGAAGUUCGAUAACUUGUUCAAUAACGAUUCUAAUUUAAAACAUCGGUUCCAUGUUUUGGACACAGUGUGGAAUGAAAUGGUGGAUAUGGUGCCGUGUUCAUCCUACAACUUCGUUAAGUGCUAUUAAAGAGGGUGGGGCCGGCUUAAGGAGGAAAAGGGAAAACAUUGUGAAAGGUGCUAAAGUUCAGGAAUAAGAGGCAUUAAUAACAGACUUGAGUUCUAGCCGUUGGCUAGAUCCCCAAAACAGUAAAUAUUGUGCAUAGUUCCCUUCCAUAACAAAUAAAUUAAUUAAUUAAAUGGC